AUGCUGGUUACUAAUUGCGUAGUAGUAGUGCAGUACUUCUGCGUGGACGGUUUCAUGUUUCUGGCUGUACGUAUGCAGCAUUUUGAGCUGUCCCGCUGUCAGCUGGUAAAUUGUUUUCAACGCGUAUCUUGCUUUGACAGGGACAUAUGCAGCGAAAGGAGUUGCUACCCGGCAACCGGCAACCUGUUGAUCGGCCGCGAGAACCGGCUGUCGGCCACAUCCACAUGCGGACUGAUCCGGCCUCAGCGCUAUUGCAUCGUCAGCCACCUGGAGGACAAGAAGAAGACCGAGCAGAUAUCGGCAGCGAACGGAACAAUUAAGCUUUGGCAAGCUUCAGUCCAGCACCUGCUUGGAAUGUAUAUGGAUCGUUUGCUGGACCGCUUCGAAGGCACUGCUUGGUAG